UGACAGAAGAGCGGAAGAGUCACACAAUCUCAGCGAGACCUUACAGCAAGAAGAAGAAAGUCUCUGCGAAUUUAUAAUGGAGUACGAUCAAGACAGAGGUGGUCAAGGUUCAGCACGAGAGACCCCCGGCCCUAAAAUGACAAGACAGCAGAUAUUAACACUUAUCGCAAUGGCUUCAAUAAACUUCAGCUCAAUGAUCUGCUACUCCAUUCUGGGUCCUUUUUUCCCAAACGAGGCAAAGAAGAAAGGUGUCAGUCAAGCUAUGAUUGGACUUAUAUUUGGCAUCUAUGCAUUAUGCACGCUGGUGGGAUCACUUGUGCUUGGUAAAUAUAUUGUCCAGAUAGGAGCCAAGUUUAUGAUCGUAGCAGGGUUGUUCGUGUCUAGUGGAUGUACUGUACUCUUCGGGUUUCUCGACCAAGUGUCCGAUGGGACAGUUUUCGUAGUUCUGUGUUUCAUCACGCGCUGCAUAAACGCCGUUGGCUUUUCCGCCGCAGUUACGUCGUCUUUUGCCGUUUCAGCAAAAGUGUUUCCAGACAACAUAGCAACUGUUUUGGGUUUUCUGGAGAUUUUUACAGGGCUUGGUCUGAUAUUGGGACCUCCGUUAGGUGGUUGGCUGUAUCAGUCAUUCGGAUAUGAAAUCCCAUUUGUUGUCACGGGCUGUCUUCUGUUUGCCGCCGUGCCACUCAAUAUGUGGAUUUUGCCGAGUUUUGACGCAGUUCCUUCCCAGGAUUCCUUCUUCAGACUGUGUACCAGAAUAAAGAUUCUUCUCAUCUGUUUUGUGGUCUUCACUGUGAGUUCAGGAAUUGGUUUCAUGGAUGCAACUCUGUCCAUAUUUGCUAUAGAAAAGCUGAAUCUGAGUGCUGGAAGAGUGGGGUUGCUUAUGAUCGGACUGUCACUGCCGUAUGGGGCCGCAUCACCCGUUUUCGGUAUAAUAAGCGAUAAAUAUCCAUCCAUCAGGAAAUGGAUGAUGGUGAUUGGAGGAAUGGCCACAGCGGUCAGCUUCUGUUUCCUCGGCCCACUUCCUGUGUUCCAUAUGAGAAGUCAGCUCUGGCUCACCGUCCUCGUGCUGGUCGUGGUGGGAUUCUCCGUAUGCAUGACCUGUAUCCCCACCUUCGCUGAGAUGAUCGAUUGUGCACAUGAAAAUGGCUUCGAGGAAGGCUUGAGUACUCUGGGUUUGGUUUCUGGAUUGUUUUCGGCGGUGUGGUCUGCUGGGAUGUUCUUUGGCCCGACCAUCGGAGGUUACAUCACGCAAGUACUGAGCUUUGAAUGGAGCGCAGGAGUUCAAGGUGCACUCGCCUUUCUCGCUGCACUCUUUCAAGUAAUAUAUUUCACAAUCGAGGAAAUGCAAAAGAAUAAGUUGCAAAAGACCAGCAAGACUGAAACAACGUUAUCUCAAGGAGAAAAAUCUCCUCUUCUUUCAGAGACGGAAGCUAUCGCUGUUGACAUCAGUUGAAGCUUCGUGCUUUUCAAUGGAAGGACAAACUUUAUCGUAUUGCCGGUAAACAGGUGAAUAUGAUAGGGAAGACAAACCCAGAACGGGACGAUUUAACAUCAAUGGUCUCCUAGUUUCAGAUGGACAACAUUUCUAUCCAAUGAAUUAUGGCACAUUUGAACAUUUACAACAUAAAUGUUGUAUGUUCUCUAUGUUGUGUUCUUAAAUCGAAUUAAGAGAGGAUUUGUGUGUAUUAAAGUGUAAUGUUACCUUCAUAAAAAUCAUUAUGAGGACAUUUCAUUCAAACUAAGAUAAGUCUGUUGAUAUAUGCUGCACAGUUUAGCUUUUUAUGACCAGCUUGAGAUAUAAAAUAUUCAUCAUCACGACAGUAAAGUCAUUUUUAAUCACUGUUGCCAUCAGUUUUGCACAUUUGGCUUGAUUAUUGUAUGCAGUAACUUAACAUGAGCUCUAGUAUGAUCAGCACAGAUACCUCGUAUAAAAAUGAUAUCAAGUCAAGGGUACGUCAUUUGUUACCUUGUAUACAGUGUGUGUGUGUGUGUGUGUGUGUGUGUGUGUGUUUUGGGUACAACAGAAUGUCGUCUGAAAGGUUUAAGGCUUGAAAAACUCUAGCAAAUAGCAAGAAUGUGAGAUUUAUGUUACUUAACAUGGAUUAGUCAUAUAACAGUAGUUUAUCAAUGACCCUUUUACAAUUUUCAGCUUUUACAGAUUACCAUGUGU